CCAAAUCCUUCCUAUAAUUAAAUUCUCCCAUCGCCUCUCUCUCUCUCUCUCUCUCUAAUGGAGGUCUCUGUGCCCCCCCACCCCUGUGUUAUACUACGCACCAAUUCAAAUCUACUAAACCCUAUCCCUAGGGUUGUUCUUCUUCCUUCAAUCAAGCAGCCACUCGCUUCAAUCAAUCAUCAGAAAUCAACAAUCUGUAGUAGCGCCAUCAAGGCCCUUGAUUCUCCUAUGGACACUGUUAGAGAUCGGAUUGGGUCGGUGAAGAGGGUUACGAAUGAAACCAAUGUGGUGGUGGAGUUGAAUCUGGAUGGUGUUGGUUCACCGGAUAGCAGCACUGGGAUUCCGUUUCUUGAUCACAUGUUAGAUCAACUUGCUUCCCAUGGAUUAUUCGAUGUGCAUGUGAAGGCUGCUGGGGAUACUCACAUUGAUGACCACCACACCAAUGAAGAUGUUGGCCUUGCCAUUGGAACGGCUUUGUUGAACGCGCUUGGUGAUAGGAAAGGAAUUAACCGCUUUGGUGACUUCACGGCUCCCCUUGAUGAAGCAUUGGUACAUGUUACACUGGAUUUAUCUGGACGGCCACACUUAAGUUAUGACUUGCAAAUUCCCACGGAGAGAGUUGGAACAUAUGACACACAGCUUGUAGAGCAUUUCUUCCAGUCAAUGGUUAAUACAUCUGGAAUGACACUUCACAUCCGGCAGCUUGCUGGGAAAAAUUCUCACCAUAUAAUUGAGGCAACAUUCAAAGCUUUCGCAAGAGCUCUAAGGCAAGCGAUAGAAUACGACCCACGGCGACGUGGCACUGUCCCUAGCUCAAAAGGGGUUUUGUCGCGUUCCUGAAGCGCGUUAAAAACGAAGCAGAAAUCUGAAUCAUGGAGUGGAUUGGUAUUUUUUUUUGUCAUUUCAACAAUACUUCUGGUAGCCUUGAUUUUGUAAAAUGGACUGUUGAAAUGUGCAGGAAAUUGUGAUGAUGUAGUUUUUUUUAGCCCUUGUUGUUCAUCCUGGUGCUAAUUGUGCGUUGAGAUUAAAAAGAAAUAUUUUGUGAUGUUUCUUUCCAUCUAAACAUUUGAGUUGAUUUCAGUUACAAUUACAAUUUUCUAUGUUAAA